GUUCCCACCAGUGGCUUGGAGUCUCAACCCGUCAGUCUCGCCGUAUGCUGGCGGCAUUGACAUGGUUCUCCACCGCACGGCCGGCGACCCACAGGUGGCCUACUUUCCGGCCGAGUACUCGGUGACGAUCGAGGUGGCGAUAUUCGGUGCGCCGAACGACGCCGAGGCGUCCGAGAUUGUGUCUGUGCCUGCCAACGCAUCACAGAAGCUGACAAACGCGGUGACGUUUACGUCGCCGGCGUCCAACUCGACGGGGUACCACCAGAUGUGGGUGGUGCGGCGGCGGGCUGCCGACGGCGGGUUGAUCUCGCGCCAGCUGUUGGCGUCGAUGCUGACGUAUGUGGAGCAUCAGUGCUUCGACACAAACUUUGUGUACUACGGCGGGCGCUGCCAGCCGUGCAGAGCGUUCGAAGGAGCAUACUGCCCUGGCGGAGCGCGGUUCUGGCCAAAGACCGGGUUUUGGUCGCCGUCUGAGCGGGUGCUGCCGUCGCGGUGCACUGUGGAGGCGUCGUGCCCGGGCGCCAUGGGCGAGAUAGCGAAUUAUCCGGCGCGUACGCUGGUGACCGGCGAGCGGAAGACGGACAUGUGUGCCGAUGGAUACACGGACGAGUUCUGUUCGGUGUGCGCGGACGGGUACUUUAGCGACUUUGGAAGGUGCCGGGCGUGCGGCUCGGAAGAGUCUGCGGCGGCAGAGCUGAGUCUGAUGGCGAUUGUUGCGGGCGGGCUUGUGCUGAUUGUGCUUGUUGCGCUGUACUUUUUGUCUGCACGGCACCUUGUGACGGCAGUGGCAGUGGUUGUGACAGUGCAGCAGAUUGUGCUCGUGUCGCGAAUUGGGCUACAGCGGCUUGCCGAGGGGUCGUCGUCUGAGCGGUUCGCGGUGUUCAUUCGGGUGAUGUCGAUUCUCAACUUUGAGAUUGAGAUUGUGCGGCCGGGCUGCACCGUGCCGCGGAUCUCGUUUGUGGUUGUCUACCUCGGCACGCUUGUCAUUGUCGCGGUGUCUGCGAUUCUGUUCCUUGUUACAGUCUGGCUGCGAUCAUUGCGGACCCGGCGCAGCCGCUCGGUUGCCCCGAGCACCAAGCACGUUGCGACGGAGAACUUGGGACAGGUCUCCCGGGCUGGCUCGGACCGUGGUGUGGCGCUGGCGACGAUCUGGGAGUCGGCAUCCUCAGCGUCGUCGUCGUCGCUCUCCUCGAGCUCGUCGCAUGUGGCGUCGGAUAGCACAACUUCGUCGUCAUCGACUACCUCCAGCACCUCCACUGGAUCCGGCUCGGUCUCUACGGAUGGCAUGUGUGAAGAGGAGCAACAUGAGGAUGUGGCACUGCGGCGGUUGUCGGAAGCAUCGUCAGGAGGAGUGUCAGAUGCUAUGGCGUUGGCGAUGGUGACGAGGCCCAACGCCUCGGGUCGCAGCGGUGGGGAUGCUUUGAGCUUGUCGAUGAUGGUCAACCACUCGAACGGAGCAGGGCCUCUGCUCAACCGGUCGGGUGCGUCUCAUACCUCCUCGCUGCUAUCGUCGCGGCGUGGCGGGGCUGACACGACGCUGCGGGAGCGGUCGAUUCACGCGAUGAUUAUCCUCGGCGCGCUGGCGUUUCUGCAGGUCUCGCUCCGGACCAUCCAGGGCCUUCACUGCGUGCGAGUCGGCGACGGGUCACUUCGUCUUGGAGUUGAGCUCCGGCAGCGGUGCUUUGAGGGUGACCACCUGGCGUUGACGAUGGUGCUCGUUCCAAUGGCGCUUGGGUUCUGCCUCGGGUUUCCUGUUCUUUGCUGCCUGGUGGCGGUUAGGACGUACCAGCGGCUGGUGGGCGGCAAGCUGGACUCUGUGGACUCUGCGAUGGAGGCUUAUGGGUUUGUGCUCCGCGGGCUCAAACCAAAGUUUCUCUGGUUCCGGACUGUGCAGCUUGUGACGACGCUGGCGUUUGCGAUGGAGACUGUGGUGGCGCCUGCGGGCGAGGUGCGUAUUUUUGCGGCGGGGGUCAACUUUUCUGUCUCUGUCCUCCUUGUGGGCUUCCUCGAUCCAUUCCUGGAGCGGUGGCACUCGCUGCUUGCGAUCUGCUCGGGAACUGCGAGUGGUGGGCAGAUUCUGUACUUUUUGUUUUCCGAGGACCAGACGUUGUUUGGGAUCGGGGCUGUGUUGCAGGCUGUCUGCUUUUCGCUCGCAGUGGGCGCAGUUGUGCUUCGGGUUGUGCUCUUCAACACCAAGGUGAUCGCGGACGAGGAGGGCGUCGACACUGGGCGCACCGAAAGACCCGAGGCUGGUGUGCUUGUGGCAAAAUCAGAAAAUGCUGGUCUUGGGACGUCGUUCUCGUCGUCGUCCUCGUCGUCAUCAUCCUCGUAUAGAUCGUCGUCGUCGACGUUAUCGUCGGAGCCGCCGACGGUGGGCAGGCCCAUCUCGCAGGUCUCUGUGGCCGACUUUGGCGUCGAUAGCCGAACGCAGACGAGGCAGAGCGUUGCGACACCAGAAUCGCACGAGCCACGAACGGCGAGCCCGGCUCUGCGGCGGGCAGUGACAAUGGCUGAUACCAACGCUGCAUGUCACUCGCCUAUCAACGCCCGCGGCAAGUUGGCGUCGGCUGACGAAUCACUGUUUAUAGCAAGUUUGCCGCGGCAUCGUCGGCGGUCGAGGAGACAGCCGUCGAUUGUCGAGGGUCGAAAGCCGGAAGGCGAGCGAGUGCGGCGGCGACACCGGUCGCGCGAGCUGUCAUGCGAGCAGUCGUCAUGCGACGGAGCGGGUCCGCCGAAUGUGCCACGGCGUCGGAAUAUGUCCGUGUCCAAGUCGCUUGCGGUCGGCGUGGGCGGUAUGGGUAACGAGCACCGCCGCCGUGGCCGGCAUCGCAGCCGCAACUCGCUCUCGCCAAGUGGCGGCAGCAUGCCGAUGGGGCCGUCUCGAUCGCCGUCGUUUGCGCGCGAGGCGGUUGCCAGAAAGGUCCAGGACGCUAGGUCCCGCGGCAAGCGACGGCGUUGGUGA